AUGCCUCUCUCCUUACGCCGCAAGGGCAGCAUCACCUCGUUAUUUAGUGGCAAGGGCCAUCGCCGAUCUCCAUCCGAGUUGUCUAUCAGCGCGAUCAAGCCCGAAGUGACGCCCAACACCGCCGCCAAACGAUCCAGCGCCGUGCCGUUGGCGCUCACACCGUUGAAUGACGUGGGGCACUCCAAAGCCCGCCCACCACCUUCCGCGUUCCGCGGUGUUCGGCCAGCGCCUCCGAGCCCCAAUCCUAAGGGCAAGGAACGCGCUAUGGCAACUCCAGCGGCACCCAUCCAGUCCCGGCCCGGACGCGCACAUUGGGUCGUCGACUCGUUCGAGACACAUCGCGGCACCCAGAUCUGGUCCCAACAAAGUCGAGUUAUCCUCGUUGUUGGCGAGCCAAGUCGUGCCGCGUUGGCACCCCUCCUUUACUCGCCAGUGUUUGCGGACACUCUAGUCUUGGUGGGAUCGCUCGAACCGAUCCCUGAGAUUGAGCUUCUCAACUCGCCGUCGCACCUCCUCCACUCGGAUCCCAUCUAUCCUACGGUCCAGCCAUUCCAGCCACCGUCUUCGGCUGUUGCGGAAGCUACUCAUCCAGUGACGGUCGUCCUGCAAUACGGAGCCGCGCUUGCAGAGGCUCAUCGUCGGGAUAUGGGUCAAACCUCGGCGGCGGGGCCUCGGUCACGUCGCGGAUCGUCGACAUCACUCAGCGGGUCCCAGACCCCGCCUGGGACUCCCCGAUCGCGGCGUAGAAUGUGGUCGUUUGGAUCGAACACGCCUGCCGAGGCAGCAACUCCUUCCGUUUCCCGGCAUGGAUCAGCCCUCGACCUUUCUCGGAUCGUCCCCGAGAGCACUCGUAGCGGCACGCCACCGAUUGCUGGCGACAAGGAGCGUAAGGGUUCCCACAAGAGAACCCCGUCGCUGUUCAAGAAGGAACAGGUCGUCUCGGAUGGCUCGCCCAUUGACGCUGUCAUCAACUUUAUUCCUUUUGCCGACCCUCGCUUGGAACAACAGCGCGUUUUGCAGGCCAUGCUCCAGAACACUGUCGUUUUAACCACUGCAGCUUUACCGAUUCUUGCCACGGCCGUGACGACAUCCAGUUUUACGGCACAGAUCCCGAUUACAGAGCUGUCGCCGUUGUCACUAAUUCAUAUUGUACCUGUCGACGCUCCGCUCCAGCUACCCACUGUUAUCGAACGAUUCUUACUUCCUUUGCUCCCGACUAUGGCCUGCAGAGUCCGUCGGCCGCUGUUCGGCUGCGUCACUGGGUACGGUGCGUGGCUGACUCCCACGACCGAUCCUGGGAACGACGGCUCGUCUGGAGCGGAAACACUCCUGUUUGGUGGUGUUAGAUGCCCCGGCCAGAUUGCAGAGGCCGAGGGCGUCAAACCCCAAGCCAUGCUCGCAGGCUGGGACCACUGUGUUGCGUCACCAGGCCUUCUUACCGAGGCGGUCGAGAGCAUGAAGACGCCGCCGACUUUCUCCCGCCAGGCUUCACACUUGGCUCUGUCUGAGCUCCGCACCCAGCCGACACGCACAAGUGCACCCAGCAGCAGCCAGUCGAUGAUGUCUGUGGUAUCUCCCGCUACCUCGUCUCCGCCGAGCUCGCCCAGUAUCGCGUCAUCUGGGAGCCUCCCUCCCCGCCCGGCGGCCGCACGCAGCCCCUCUCCGACCGCGGCUCUACAGGCCACAACGCCAUCCAAGCAGGAGAGCAAGGGCGCUGUCUCUCCUCCGCAGGAGCCCCGACAGAUCCAAGCAAAGACUCCGUCGCCUCCUCUCAAGGCGCGAGAGCCAGUUACUUGGAGAGACACGCCGACUAUGCGGACAAGGCGCUCGACGACGCGACCAACGUCUGACGAGGUGCGGUCCAAGACACCCACACCUGACGAAUACAUCCGACCCGAGAGCGUGACGCCGAGAGCGACGUCUACCUUGACAUCUUCCGAGAGGCCGUUCACUUCAAGAUUCGAUCCCCGUUACGCAGAGUUGGAGGCGAGGCACAAGGCGGAGGCUGAGGCGACUAUGAAAGCCCAGGCCAAGGCAGCUCUCAGAGCGACUCUGACUUCUUCCUCGUCAUCGCGGUCUACUCCACCUUUGCCCGAUGGUGCGGCGCCACCGGCCGAGUUUGUGGGACACGAUCGCCGUGCACGUGGUCCUUCUGGCCUUCGCAAUGCGGUCACGGUACCGCCUAACAACUUGCAGUCAUCACCGCCUACUCCCGAGCUGGAUCCCAGUUCGUCGUCAUGCUCGAGCAGCUCUGUACUCGAGCCGAGCUUUUCCGAGGAACGCAGCGGCAGCAGCGCACGGAGCAGCAAGCGCUCGUCAUCGACGCCAGCGCAUAUGUCAGUAUCGAAGCCCAUCUCGGGCAGCAUCAGCCGCAGGGGCUUGUCGGGCUUGACGGGGUUUACGAGCAUCUUCAAGCGCCGGAGUGUCAAGGCCUAG